CUCUGGGGCUCCAGUUGCAACCACCUGCUUCUGUGACACGCCGCCGACCUGCGUCGGAAUAAGUUCGCGCAAUACGAAAGGAUUUCGGCUACCCGUUGCUAUACGACAUACCUGUGUAGAAACCUCCAGGCUUGUAUAAAACCUCGCCAAAAUGCCUCUAACCCAACACCAGUCCCAUCUCUGUCAAGCCUUCUUACUUCUCACUCAAUCCUGUUGAACAAUGAAGGUCGCUUUCACUUUCGCUUCUCUCGCCCUUCUUUCUGGCUUCCAAGCGGCUUCUGCGCAUUAUAUCUGGACUACUCUUGUCGCUGGCGACACAGUCUCCAAUGCGGCGGUUCGCCAGCCUCAGAGCAACUCCCCCGUCCUGGACGUGACUUCUGAUGAUAUAACAUGCAACGUUAGCCCAGCGGAUGCUACUGCGACCGUUUCCGUUGCUGCGGGUGAUCUUAUUGGAUUCCAACUCGACAACACGAUCUACCAUCAGGGUCCUGCUGCGCUUUACCUUGGCAAGGCUCCCUCGACCGCUGCUGAUUGGGAUGGAAGUGGUGCCAAUUGGUUCAAGAUCGCCGAAUGGGGAGCAGAAUUUGAACCUUCCUUCGCCUUCAUUGACUACGGCGCCAGCGCUCUCAAUGCUACCAUUCCCUCCAGUGUUCCUGCUGGCGAAUACCUCGCCCGUAUUGAACAGAUCGGUCUCCAUUCGACGGGAGCGCCUCAAUGGUAUAUCUCUUGCGCGCAAAUCUCCAUUACGGACGGAGGAUCCGCUAGCCCCGACAUGGUUGAGAUUCCUGGAUACGUAGACGCAGAUGAUGCCGGACUCACCGUUAACAUUUAUUACCCUACGCCCACGGCUUACACGGUCCCUGGACCGACCGUUUUCUCGGGAUAAAUCCCAAUUGAAGUACGAUUUCGUAGACUUUUCUUGGUGGAGGACAAGCGCUCAAUUUAAGAAGUCGAGCUUUAGUAGUUCCGAACCGUUUCUUUUACACCAUCAAGACCUCAUUGAUAAUAGAAGUUGAUAUGCUACGUAAAUGAAUUUAUGAAAGGAUUCUUAUCGAU